CUCGCCUACCAUGGCUUUCUCUAGGGCUCUGUCCCGGGCUGCUCUUUUGAUUUCAGUCAUUCCUUUGGUUUCUGCUGAACACAUUCAUUCAACCUCUUUCCGCCAUCGUCGACAGACCAUCCCUUCCGAACUCCCUGGAACAUGGACCUCCCAAGGAUGCGUUACCGAGGGCACGACCGGACGCGCUCUCACAGGGCCAACCUACGCGAGUGGCGACGACAUGACCAUUGAAAACUGCAUCGCCUUCUGUGAUGCCCAAGGUGCCAUCUACGCCGGCGUCGAGUUCUCUGCGGAAUGCUUCUGUGGUAACACGCUGAGCAAUGGAGGAGGCUUAGAGGCUCCAGCGGGCGAGUGCAACAUGCCCUGCAGCGGCAACUCGCUCCAGCCCUGUGGUGGCCCCGGCCGACUCAACCUCUUCUGGAACGGCGACGAGCCUGCUCCUCCCCCAUCCAUCAUCCCCCAAGUAGGCGACUGGGAAUCACUCGGCUGCUACAGUGACGGUGUCAAUGGACAGCGAACCCUUGGGACUGGCGUGACCGUUACUGGUCCGUUGACACUCGAGAAGUGCACCGAUGCCUGCUUCAAUGCUGGAUACCGUCUCGCUGGUGCUGAAUACGCUGCCGAAUGCUUCUGCGGUAAUUUCAUCAACCAGGGCGCACCUGUCCCCGAUGGCCAAUGCAACAUGCCCUGCGCGGGCAACGGGUCACAGUUGUGUGGUGGCCCUGACCGACUCAACAUCUACAACUACACUGGUACGGCCCUGCCCCCUGGCGGUGGUGUGCCAGGCGGACCACAACCCGUCGAAGAGGGUCUUCCCGAGCCCUGGACGUAUGGCGGCUGCUGGGUUGACAACGCAAACGGCCGCGUCUUCACCCAUGGCAUGGGCACCUCUCCCACUCAAACCGUCCAAACCUGUAUCGCAGCCUGCCAAACUGCCAACUUUACCCUUGCUGGUAUCGAGUUCGGCGUCGAGUGCUUCUGCGGCAACACCCUCGUCAACGGUGCAGAGCAAGUCGCCGAUGGCCAGUGCAGCAUGGAAUGCGGCGGUGAUUCUGAACAAGCCUGUGGCGGACCCAGCCGACUCUCCGUCUACACCUCCACCGGGAACGUCGAGGCCCUCCCUGUGCCCACCACCCAGACCGACAACCUCCCCGGCAACUGGGAGUACCGCGGCUGCCUUGUUGAGGCCGUUGGACGACGGAUGUUCCCCAACCAGAUCCUUUGGGAGCGCAACAACAGUGCUGUCGCGUGUAUGGAACAGUGCGCGAAAUUCGGGUACCCGGCUUCUGCUACUGAGUUCGGAUAUGAGUGCUACUGUGGCGAUCCCUCCGAUGUUGACGAGUAUGGUGGUGUCUUUGUCGAUGAUGAUGAGUGCUUCAUGCCCUGCCCUGGCGAUCCUACCCAUGUCUGUGGUGCUGGCAACCGUCUCACCACGUACUACUGGAAUGGAGUCAUGCAGGAGUGGAAGACGCCUGCUGUUACCGGACACUAUGAAUUCUUCAUGCCUGGCAUUGUCAUUCCCUUGAUCACCACCGUCGGCAUCAACAACAAGGUUACCAUGCUCGAGAAAUACGGAACUGGUUACCCCAACUCCACCGGCGCCUACGAACUCGACAUCAGUCUCGCCCCAUCCAUGACCGCCUGGCGUGAAAUGAACGUCAAGACCGACGUCUUCUGUGCAGGCAGCGUUAUCCUCCCCGACAAAGCCGGUCGACAACUCAACGUCGGCGGGUGGUCUCUCGACUCAACCUUUGGCGUCCGCCUCUUCACCCCCGACGGCGUCGAGGGCACCAACUCGACCAACGACUGGGAAGAGGACUUCCACUCGCUCGCUCUGCAACGUGGACGCUGGUACCCCACCGCUGCUGUCCUCGCCAACGGCACUGUCCUGGUCAUUGGUGGUGAGACUGGCAGCAACGGACCGCCCCAGCCUAACCUCGAGCUGUUGCCCAAGCCUGAGGGAGGCGAUACGGUUAUCCACCUUGACUGGCUUGAGAGGUCGGAUCCGUACAACUUGUACCCCUUCGUCGUCGUUUUGCCUAGCGAGAACGUCUUCGUGGCGUACUGGAAUGAGGCUAGGAUUCUUGAUCCUGUUACCUUUGAUACUAUCAAGGUCUUGCCUAACAUGCCUGGUGCUGUCAACGAUUUCCUCGGCGGUCGUACCUACCCUCUCGAAGGCGCCAUGAUCCCCAUCCCUCAACACGCCCCUUACACCGACCCCCUCGAAGUCCUCAUCUGCGGUGGCUCCACCAUCGGUGCCGCCUACGCCCUCGACAACUGCGUCCGCGGUGCCCCCGAGGCCGAAAACAUGGAAUGGGUCAUCGAGCGCAUGCCCUCGCGCCGCGUCAUGCCCUGCAUGGCCGCCCUCCCCGACGGCACCAUCUUCAUCGCCAACGGCGCGCACCAUGGCGUCGCCGGCUUCGGUCUGGGCGAGGACCCCAACCUCCAGGCUAUCCUCUACGACCCGUACGAGCCUGUGCACCACCGCUUCUCCAUCCUCGGCAGCACCGACAUUCCUAGGAUGUACCACUCCGAGGUGUCGCUGCUCGCAGACGGCAGGAUCCUCAUUUCCGGCUCUGACCCGGAGACGAACUGGCCUAACGGCACCGCCAGGUACCCGCAGGAGUUCAGGCUGGAGCUGUACAUCCCGCCCUACCUCAUCGGGCGCACGCAGCCGACCUUUGACCUGCCCGUGUCGGACUGGGCCUACGGCGAGACCUACACCAUCACCAACAUCAACCGCGCGCACGGGGACGGGCCGAUCCGCGUCUCCCUCCUGGCUGCUGCGUCGAGCACGCACGGGAACACGAUGGGCGCCAGGACGAUUUUCCCGGAGAUUAGCUGCACGGGUACGACGUGCAGUGUGGUUGCGCCGCCGCAUGCGGGUGUGUCGCCGCCUGGAUGGCAUAUGUUGUUUGUUUUGGAUGGGCCGACGCCGUCUCAUGCCAAGUGGGUUAGGAUUGGUGGUGACCCGGCUGGGUUGGGUAAUUGGCCGGAUUUGCCUGGGUUCACUUUGCCGGGUGUUUAA